AUGAAUGGAAACAACAAUAAACCAUUCAGCACAUUCGAAAGCCUAGUUGCACAUCUUUGGAGAGCCAUAACCAAGUCCCGAUGCCUCAAUGAACAUGAAACGUCCCAAAUACGUAUCUCGAUUGAUGGCCGACAGAGGCUGAACCCUAAAAUCUCGUAUGAUUACUUUGGGAACUUGGUUCUUUUGGCAUUCCCGAGUGCAAAAGUGAAAACCCUUCUUCAAGAACCCUUAUUCUACGCAGCAAAACUCAUUCAUGAUGCAANUACUUUGGGAACUUGGUUCUUUGGGCAUUCCCGAGUGCAAAAGUGA